GAAGAAAAAGAAAAGAACUGAUGAGAGUAUUGUAGCAUCCCCGCUAUCUGGUUGAAAGGAAAUGGAAGCAGCUGGGAGAAAACUUGGCUUGAUAUUUCUAUUACUCUUCUUUCAUUCUCUACAUCCAGAUUUGACUCUAGCCGAUUCCGUUACUCCCGACGAAGCCAAACUUCUCAGAGAUGAGGUUUGUGAAAUGUUCUAUCACGCCUUCAAUGGAUACAUGGACAACGCUUUCCCUCUCGACGAAUUGCGCCCUAUGUCCUGCGCCGGAGAAGAUACACUCGGUGGCUACGCCUUAACUUUGAUUGAUUCUUUGGACACUUUGGCUCUACUCGGUGACCGUGACCGCUUUGCCGCUUCCGUUGAAUGGAUUGGUAAAAAUAUUCGCUUUGAUAUUAACAAAACUGUUUCUUUGUUUGAGACGACAAUCAGAGUUCUUGGAGGAUUGCUUUCGGCUCAUCUUAUAGCCAGUGAUUACGCUACGGGCAUGAGAGUUCCUUCAUAUGAUAAUCAGUUACUGAACUUAGCUGAAGAUCUAGGCAGGAGGCUGUUACCAGCUUUUGAUACUCCGACAGGAAUUCCUUUUGGAUCUGUAAAUUUGUUACAUGGAGUUGAUAAACAUGAAAGCAAGAUAACUUCUACAGCUGGUGGUGGAACCUUGACUCUUGAAUUUGGAGUUCUAAGCCGCUUGAUAAAUGAUCCUAUUUUUGAACAAGUAACCAAGAAUGCAGUGCGUGGACUUUGGGCACGGCGUUCAAAGCUUAAUCUGGUUGGUGCUCAUAUUAAUGUUUUUACAGGUGAAUGGACACAGAAGGAUGCAGGAAUAGGGACUAGUAUUGAUUCCUUCUAUGAGUAUCUAUUGAAGGCUUAUUUAUUAUUUGGAGAUGAGGAAUACUUGUAUAUAUUCCAGGAAGCUUAUGCUGCUGCCAUGCAUUAUCUUUACCAUGAUCCUUGGUAUGUAGAAGUGAAUAUGGACUCUGCUGCUAUAGUAUGGCCGCUGUUUAACAGUCUCCAGGCAUUCUGGCCUGGCCUUCAGGUUUUAGCUGGUGAUAUUGAUCCUGCGAUUCGAACUCAUGCUGCCUUCUUGAGUGUCUGGAGAAGAUAUGGUUUUACCCCUGAAGGUUUUAAUCUUGCUAGUCUCACUGUUCAGCAUGGGCAGAAGAGUUACCCUUUACGGCCUGAGCUGAUAGAGAGUACUUAUUGGCUGUACAAAGCUACCAGAGAUCCUAGAUAUCUUGAUGCUGGGCGAGACAUGAUUGCUAGUUUACAGUAUGGGACUCGAUGUCCUUGUGGAUAUUGUCACAUUUCAGAUGUUGAGCAUCACAACCAGGAUGAUCACAUGGAGAGCUUCUUCCUAGCUGAGACAGUCAAGUAUCUAUGGCUUCUAUUUGAUUUGGCUGUGGGUCCUGAUAAUCUCGUGGAAAACGGGCCAUACAAGUAUGUAUUUAGCACUGAAGGGCAUUUGCUGCCUGCAACUCCUCAAAUCUCCCUAGUGAGAGAACAUUGCUUAUACCAUGGGGCUUAUUGUAGAAGUGAAGAUUUGAGACAAAGCUAUCGUGUCUCAGAGUCUGACAAUGAUAAGCAAGAAUCCAACAAUAGUAGAUUUCAUGCAGGUUGGACUAAAGCUAGGUAUUCAUCAGACUUACCAACUUUUGAUCCAACUGCCAUUACAGGUUUGAUCAAGGGUGUCUGCCCAGGACUAACUCAUGGACAGAAGUUUGGUAUAUCAUAUGUGUAUCCAACUGAAGAACAUCAUGCUCAUGAAACUGCAAAGCCGAAAGAACCAACUCAUGAACAAAGCCACUCAGUGGUGGUUCUCACUGAGCCAAAUUUUGACCAUGCAUUAACUGAUUAUAGCAAUGAUCAUAACGAUAAUCAGACCUACAAAUCAGAUGUUACUUGAUGAAGUCUAUGGAAGAUCUCUGGAGACCAAGAAUCCCAGAGGAUGCUUCCCAGCACCCUUAAAGAAUUAUAAGAUCUCAAUUAUGCAAGAGGAUUGAUGUGAAAUGAUAUCUUUUGCAACACUUCUUAAACUUCAAGGCUGGGUUUUGUUGGUUCCAUUAUACAUUGGUUUGAUAAUUUCGGCAUCUGUUGAUACAGUGAGUAAGGAGCUAAUAGAUUUGGAUUAUGGUAAAAACUGACCCCUCAGAAGUAUUUCUUAUGUUGCACUACCAUAGCCUGAAACAUAGUAUCUGCCCCAUAGUCAUCAUUCGCGAGUGUAAUUUUAAUUUCUUUUGUUGUAUCAUUGUUUCCCGUGUUUUCUGUAACACACACAGUCAUACAGGUCUAAUCAGUGACUCUGUGUACAUAUGUAGGGUAUCUUAAUUUCAAAUGACAUAUGCUGUGGAAAAACUUUGUCCGUUUUACUCA